GCCAGACUGCUACAAACAAGACAAUCACGGCGUUCCGACUGCACUGUAGACAACUGCGAGUUCUCAGACUGUGAGAGGUAUUCAGGUGAGAUAACCUGAACGCUCACGGGUGCCAUGAAUUGGGCUUUUCUUCAGGGUCUCCUGAGUGGGGUCAACAAGUACUCCACCGCAUUCGGCCGUGUCUGGCUGUCCAUAGUCUUCCUUUUCAGGGUCAUGGUCUUCGUCGUAGCUGCGGAGAAGGUAUGGGGCGAUGAGCAGAAAGACUUUACGUGUAACACUGCUCAGCCUGGCUGCCAUAACGUUUGCUACGACCACUUCUUCCCGGUGUCCCACAUACGUCUGUGGGCGCUGCAGCUCAUCUUCGUCACCUGUCCGUCGUUCCUCGUGGUGCUGCAUGUGGCCUAUCGUGAGGAACGCGAGCGGAAGCACCGCCUCAAAAAUGGCGAGGGCUGUCAGCGGUUGUAUGCCAACACUGGAAAGAAGCGUGGUGGUCUUUGGUGGACAUACGUCCUCUCGCUGGUUUUUAAAAUGGGAGUGGAUGUGACCUUCGUGUAUCUCCUGUAUCACAUCUAUGAGGGCUAUGACUUCCCCACCAUGGUGAAGUGUUCUGAGCGUCCCUGCCCUAAUGUGGUUGAUUGCUUCAUCUCUCGGCCCACAGAGAAGCGUAUCUUCACCAUCUUCAUGGUGGUGACAAGUCUUGUGUGCAUCCUGCUCUCCCUCUGCGAAAUCCUCUACCUGGUGGGCAAACGCUGCUUUGAAUGUAUCCACAGGAUGCAGGGCUCACGGCAGAUAAACAAGGCAAGGUCCAUCGCUAACAUGAGGAGCUCAAAUACUAAUUUAGAUUCAAACAGCAAGAAACUGGCAAGCAAAGGCCAGCCAGCGCCAGCAUACUAUGUGGUCAUCUCAUCCUAAAAAGCAUGAGCUUGGAAAAUACUUUCACUCAGAGAGAUGGAAAAUGUUCCUCAUGUUCACCACGAUGUGAACGCAAACAUGACCAACUCAGUGGACGGUUGGCAGUAGAGGAUGCAGCUUGUAUGCUUGCCCUAUAUCCACUGGAUCUUUUUGCUGGAAAGUUGAGGCCUGAUAAAUAACAUUGUACAUUUCAAAAGUUUAUAGGGGUCAAAAUGUCAGCAUUCAGGAUGACGCAGUCUUUAAUUUGACUAAAGCAAGUCUCUUCAGGGUUUUGGGUGUGGUGUGGCUUCUGUUAGUCCAAGAUCCAAAACACCAACACCAACGGGCACUUUAAACUAAGCAAAUACAAUACAGAUGGUAUAAGCCCAAGUAAUUACAAUAAUUACUAUUAAUUACAUAGUACACAUUUAUCAAUUUU